GCGACCCGGUGGGGUGAGGAGAGGAGGAGCGGCCGGUCCCGCCUCCUCCUUCUCCUCCUCCUGCCCGCGGCUCCCGGUGCUGUCGGUCCCGCCUCCUGCUCCCCGCGGCUCCCGGUGCCGCCGAGGCCUGCCCCGGCCCUGACUCGCCGGGCCGCGGGGCGCCGCAGAGCCAUGGCGCAGCGAAGGGUGGCGGAGCGCGGGCCUUGCCAGGCGGCGGCGGCGGCGGAGAGCGCCAGGCACCAGCGGCAGCUUCUGGAAGGGAAAGCCCUUGCAGAAGGUGGUUCAGCUCGGACAUCACUUCUUAUUUUAGUGUCCAUCUUCUUAUCAGCUGCUUUCCUUAUGUUCCUGGUAUAUAAAAAUUUCCCACAACUUAGUGAAGAAGAAAGAGAAUGUAUAAAGGUUCCCAGAGAUAUGGAUGAUGCAAAGGCCUUGGGAAAAGUCUUGUCCAAAUACAAGGACACAUUUUAUGUUCAAGUGUUAGUGGCUUAUUUUGCCACAUAUGUUUUCUUGCAAACAUUUGCUAUUCCUGGGUCUAUAUUCCUCAGUAUCCUGUCAGGGUUUCUUUAUCCCUUCCCACUGGCCUUAUUUCUUGUUUGUUUGUGCUCAGGACUUGGGGCUUCAUUCUGCUACAUGCUGUCAUACCUAGUGGGGCGUCCCGUUGUGUACAGAUAUUUAACAGAAAAAGCAGUCAAAUGGUCAGAACAGGUUGAACGACAUAGAGAACAUCUGAUUAACUACAUAAUAUUUUUGAGAAUAACACCUUUCCUCCCCAACUGGUUUAUCAAUAUCACAUCUCCUGUAAUCAACGUGCCAUUGAAAGUGUUUUUCAUUGGCACUUUCCUAGGUGUAGCACCACCAUCUUUUGUAGCCAUUAAGGCAGGAACAACGCUGUACCAGCUUACAACAGCAGGGGAAGCUGUUUCCUGGAACUCUGUUUUUGUCCUCAUGAUUCUAGCCAUCCUCUCCAUCCUACCAGCUCUGUUCCAGAAGAAGCUGAAACAGAAGUUUCAAUAAGGAUCAAACUGGACCAGAAUUUCCCAUACUUCAUCUCAGGAUCAGCACUUCUGAUAUUUGUAUAUUUGCUUUUCUAUUGGAUCUUAAGCAAUUCUAGGGGAGGCUUGUGAUUGAUAAGAAUGUCUUUAAAUGAACACAUGGCCUUAGAGUGAAGGAGAUGUGUUCAGAAAUGUACUGCAUAUAGUUUUGUAACCAAACACCAGUGUUUUACUUUGGGAUGGUGUGUGUGUGGCCCUCAGGGUGAGGGAACUGAGAACAUAGAUGAAACAUUUUGCUCUGGUUAUAUGCAGAGCAAAAACUGUGAUGUAGACAUAAACUACAGGUGAUGCUCUCUAACACUUGCAGGAAAACCCCCUGAACAAUUCAGCCCAACUUGGUAACAUCCUCUGUAGGCUUGCAUGUCAUCUGCUCUGAGAGCAUUUCUCACUAACAAUAUUCCCCUUCUUUUUAGCCUUGGGGAGUUUCCAAAUAAUGUAACGGUGCUCACUCAGAAACAAGGGUUCUCUGCAGUACUUUAACUACAAUGUUAUUCUCGUCCUGGUUGUUUACUUCUAUUUAUUAGUGCUGUAUGCAAUUAAAUACUUGAACCUACAUCUGCUUUACUUACUGGAUUAACAAAGGCAAAGUGUCACUUCAUUCCCUCUUGGUCCCUGUAAAGUUUUAUUCUGGGAGCAGAUACAGGAAGGGAGGGAGCAGCUUAGAAUUCAUAUCUUGGCUAGCUGAUGAUUUUUAAGCUCUAAUUUUCAUUUUUUAAUAUUGAUUGUUUUGCCAAUAUUUCACUUGCAUAGAUUUAUCCUGCCAACUUAAGGAAGUGAUGGUAUGAUUAUAUAAAACUUGCAGUUUUCAAGUGAUUUAAAACCACUUAAGCAGUGUAAUGUUACCAUUUCUCAAGCAAUAUGUAAAGAGUAUAAAAUUUCUCAUUGCAGCUUGAUUAGCUACAAGAAAUGUCAGGUACACAAAGUGGUGCAGUUCCUAUUCAGACAGCUGAUCCCAAAUAAUGUUCAGAGCACCACGGAACAGCAGGCUCUUGUGUCAGUGUAUAUAAAUGGGGGUUCCACUGUCUGCCAAGGCAGUGAGCAGCCAUGCCUCACCUCCAGUAGCAGUGUGUGUGUGCUGUCAGUAAGGUACAGGUACCUCCCCCUGUGCUUCCAGCUGUGCUUGUUGGUUGUGUUGCCAGUGG